AUGGUGGCGAGAAAGACAACCGACCGAAUCAUCUUUGCGGACGUGGAGAUCAAUUCACCGGUGAGCACAUUGACGAGAGUGGACUUGCCAGCACCGUUGGGACCAAUAACCGCAACGUUCGUUUCCAGAAAGCUGGCAGCCUUGAAACGGACGUCGUCUAGUUAUCGUGGAAGGUCUUUUACUACGACUUUUGGGAAAGGAGAAGCAGCUGGGGCGGAAGGAAAGGCUUUCCCGCAAAAACCUGGCAGUUUUCUGGUCUUCUUGAAAGGCUUUAGAGACGCCAAUCUGUUCCUACUCGAGAACCCCUGGCCGGAUGAAGCAGCCGAGUUUCGUGCAGACGUGGAGCAUUCGCGCAUGCCAUCUUCGUCCUUCUUAAUGCGAGGCUUGCUGCCUACAGAAUUUGAGGGCAUCCGCAAGGCUGGUCUUCAAUUGUUUGCGGAUCAAGAUCGCAGAGGUGGAGUAUUUGUGAUUCUGCCGUGA